AAUCAAUGAGAUGGGUUGCUUACAAUAUUUUUUGUCAUUUUCUUCAAGAGAAGUGGAUGCAAACUCAGAAGCAUUUACUAUCUGUAACUGCCUUCUUUAUAUGCAUUCUCCCUUCUGGCACUCUCUUGCAAGUCACCAACCAAACCCCACUUUCAAAAUUCUCUCUUUGUUUGAAUUGUUUCUCUGAUCAGGUGAUCAAUGGCUGAUGAAAAGGAGGUUUUGAACCAGCAGCUCCUUGGCAUUAUCAGCUCCAUGGAAGAACAAGAUUUGGUGAACCCUCGUUUUCGAAUGGUUCAUUCCUUGAAGGAGUCUAAUGGCCCUUUCUUUUUCGCUGAGUUGAUACCAACCUUCUGCUCUGAUUCCCGAACCACUAUAAGAGAGAUGAUCCAAAUUUUGGAGAAACCUGUUGUGGAUUUUCAUCUCCUGGAAGAAUUAUGCAUGAAAAUAAAAGGAGCAUCAGCUUGCAUUGGUGCUCAGCAAAUGUCACUUGCAUCUGGUGACCUUUUUCGAGCUGUUAUUGACAAAUGUAAGGAACGGUGCAUUGUAGCAGUGGAUGCAAUCAAACAUGAAUUUUUGAGGCUGAAUGACAAGAUGGACGCUAUCCUUCAGCUGGAGCGGAGAAUCAUCUCCCAUCACUGAAGAUCCAAACUUACUGUCCUGUUGCUUGCACCGCACCCUUUGAUAUGUGGACGGUUUCAGAGUACUGAAUAAUAAUACAGAUAGUAGAGACCUUAGUAAUCUGUUUGUUUGGAUAUAUCUGUGUUUCGUUUGAACAUUCAGAAACUGCUUCUGUUUUUCCUGGUCCUUCUUCCCUUUCAAGUCAUGUGAAAACUUUAUGAUAAUAAGGUGCUCCGGAAUCUUAUUAAACUUAUUUUUGGCAGUUGGACUACUUUUAUGAUCUUGUCAGGGAAGUUACUGAUCUGGUAAUGUUAGGAUAACGUUAUACUUUGAUUUAGCAUUGUUACCAGAUGAAU